AUGACACUGACCGAUCUCGUGAGAGCAGAGCCGUCGGGGGCGCUUCUGGUCUCCCUGGCAACUGCUUACCUCGUUUAUCUCGUUGUGGUGGCCCAACUCAACCCGCUGAAAAAAUGCCCUGGACCCUGGUACACUCUUUACAGUAAGAUGCCGAUUCUCGUCAUUUUCUGGAGAGACAGCCGAAACAGAUACGUGCAGGCCUUGCACGAGAAAUACGGACCCAUUGUGCGUCUGGGUCCCGACGAAGUAUCCAUUUGCGACCCCAAGGAUGUCUCAAAGGUCUAUCUCGGCAAUUUUGAUAAGUCUCGAUUCUACGCGCAGUUUGGAAACUAUGGAGCCCCUAAUCUCUUUUGUAUUCUUACAAAGGAGCCCCACAUCAAGCUGCGAAAACUCAUGACAGGCUUCUAUAGAAAAGAGACUAUCAACGGCACCGGAAUCAUUCAGGAGAAGGUGGACGAAAUGGAGACCGUUGUGGCGGCCAACAACAAGCAGGACGUUCACACUCUCUUCAGAUACCUUGCCUUCGAUGUAGUUACCCGUCUGACAAUCUCUGAUUCGGAAAUGCUGGCUGGUAGGAACCAGAAACUCGUCUUCUACCAUGAAAUGCAAACCUCCAUGACCUUCUGGACCACUCUGCAGCCCAAAUGGUGGGAUCUUGCUGCUGCCCUGAGCGAGAGACAGACUGUGUUGGGCGAAAAGACCUCUAUUUCCGAAGCUAGCCAGAGAUGCAACGACUGGACCUUUCAACAGACUGGAGAUCCUGACACGCUUCUAGACAUGCUCAAGUCAAAGGGCGUGUCCCACAAGAUUGCCAUGAGCGAAGUUCAGGACCAUAUCGCUGCUGGACACGAGACUACCGCUGUAACUCUGGCCUUCCUCUUCCACAGACUGGCUCAUGAUAAAUCCAUUCAGGAUAAGCUGUACGCUGAACUUGAACCCAUCAAUGUAACUCUUGAGUCAGUCGACUCACUUCCUUAUCUCAACGGUCUUAUCAACGAAACCCUCAGACUCCACGCUGCUAUUCCAGGGGCCGAGCCACGAGUGUGCCCUGCUGGAGUCAUUUUCCAGAACGUGGCUCUUCCCAAGGGAACUAUCAUUUCAGCCCAGCCAUACACUCUUCAUCGAGACAAGGCCUGGGGAGACCCAGAGGAAUUCCGAAUUGAACGGUGGUCCGAGGAUCCUCCUCUCGCCUACUUCAUGCCUUUUGGAGCUGGUAUCCGGAUGUGCAUUGGAAUGAAUGUGGCCAUGGGCGAGUUGAAGUUAGCUACUGCCCAGCUCGUCAAAAAGUACGAGAUCAAGAAGUCCAGUCCUCAACAACAGUUCCCCACCAUGAAGGACUCUUACACGACUUUGCCCGAGGGAGACAAUACUCUGCUGUUUGAACAGAGAGCUACAUAA